UAUUAAUUUGUAUUAAAUGCGUAAAUUAAAAGUCUCUUUAAUAUAAUAUGUUGAUGAAUAUAAUACGCUAUUAGCAGAGAAGAAUAUUUUGAAGAUAUGUUUGGGAAAGAAGCUGUUAAGCUCAUAACAGAGCUUGAUAUGCAUGAAGAUAUUCGACCAUUUAAUGAACAGGUGAUGCGACUAGUUUUUGAAGAGAUGCAAACACUUUAUGAAGCCAAUUUGGUGGACAGCAACGCAAUACAGAACGAAGGGAACAACACGUUGUUAUCGUCGGUACAUUUUCGCCAUACGGCUCUUCUCAGGAAUAAAAGAUGUGUACUGGCAUAUCUAUAUCAUCGGAUUAGACGAUUACGGCAGUUGCGCUGGGAAUUGGGCAGCAUCCUACCGACUGAGAUAACUGCCAACUUGCUGAAUGCAGAGGUGCAAUGGUUUCAGAACUAUAAUAAAUCUUUGGCCACCUACAUGCGAUCAAUAGGCGAUGAUCAUGGAUUAAAUCUGACUAUGAAUAUGAGCCCUCCAAAAACACUCUAUGUCGAAGUGAAGUGUCUAAGUGAUUUCGGCAAACUAGAACUCGACGAUGGUGAGGUCAUUACAUUAAAAAAAAAUACAUAUCAUCUAUUACCAAGAGCUACAUGCGAACCACUUAUUAGACAAGGUUUUCCCCAGAUAAUCGGGGCAUUGACGUCGGCGAGAUCUACCUGUAUACAUAUAACAAGGAAUUACUCACACACCAAAAAAGUCGCCAUCUCUGUUCCGAAUUAUCUAUAAUUAUAUCCGUCGUUAUCUUAUCUUAAUGCCAUUAUAAUGGAUAGUGAUAUUGAAUGAUAGUAAAUAUCAUACAAAGAUAUUUUAUCGCGUUUAUUGAGAAGCUUUUCUUCUACACUGUUUGCACGUCAAAUUCCCCCAUGUGUUCGCGAUCGAUCUCUUAUUUCUCGAAAAAGUUAAAGUGGUUAAAUAAUUGCCGAAUG